UGUGAUUGUUAACGUGAAGUUCGUUGAAUCAAUACAUUUGUAAAUUGUUUAAUUUAAUUGGUAAAAGAUUAAUAAGUUAAUAACUGGACUAACUAACUUAAAUUAACAAUGAGUUCAAUAUCCAGCGUCUUAGAAUUGCUUGAACGCUGUUAUGUACCAAAGCUUUCACGAAACUUUGAGGAAAGUGAGAAUCAUCCAGAAUUUAAAAAAUGGGAAACUAAUUUGUCUGAACAUUUUCCAACUCUCAUGGAUUUAUUAAAUGACUUGGAUCCUAAAGAACAUGGAUCACUAUCUUCAGUGCUUUCAUCUAUUCUUUUAUUAUACUAUCAACUGGAUAGCAAAGAUAAGUGGAACAACAACAAAUGUGAAGAAUGCAUCAAGAAAUUAGAUAUUCAACUGGAAGUAUUAUAUGGAAUAACUUCGUGCGAUAAUUUGCUAAUGAGCAAUAAAGAUACUACUACUCAAGAGUUGUUUGAUAUUAGCAUAGAUGUCUUGCAUAAAAAGUUAAACCCAGAUGAAUUUAAAAUGUACCCUGCACUCAUUGAAGCAUAUUGUAUGAUUGUUAAAGAUAUAAUGUAUUAUGAUAUAGAGAUUAAACCGGUAACUGUGCUACCUAUAUCCUUGCUCCUAAUUGAAGAUUAUGUUAACGAAAACAGGUUGAAAGGGUUAAAAAGUUGCCUAGCUACAUUGAAUUGCCUGACACCAGAACACUUUAGUGAUGGUAAUUACUAUGAAGUUAUUUAUAAUGUAUUGAAAAAACUAAUUUUGGAAUCUGACUUGGAAGUGACUAAGUGGGUGUUGGAUUGUUUGUUCAUUCUUUUCCAACUUUUACCAUCUUCAGUAAAGGUCACCACAGUUGAUGAUACAUUGGGUAUAAUAUUAGAACAGAUGUACACAGAAACAAAUUUGUACAGAAAGAAAGCAUUUUUUCGCUUCAUCAACAAAAUAAUACAUAUGCAUAGACUCCACUGUGCUAAGAGGACCAUGUUUUUGACUGUGAUAUGUGAUAAUUUGGAUACUUGCAGCAACAGUGGUGUUGCUGAAAUAUUAUUGUCUGACACAUUAGAGUGUCUUGAAAAUUGGGUCAAAUACUGUUGGUGUGUCUGGAAACUAUCACAAAACCAGAAACUUAUGUCUACACUGAUCAAGAUGCUAUACAUAUGCCACAAAGAAAAAGAUGCACUUGCAAAAAUGCAGACCAUAUUCUUAACUCUUUAUAAACUUUGUACUGAGAGUGAGAAGAAAGCCAUAUACAAUAACAUUGAAAAAUCAAUCCCAGAAUUUAAGGACUUGAAUGAAGCAUUUGCCGAAAGAUUAGAAGAUAUAAAGAGUUCCAUGACUUAGAAAUUUCAAUAGCCUUUUGUAUUAAAUACCUGCAAAACUUAAGAAUACAUACAUUUCCAAAGA